AUGCUGCCUUUCCGUUUCCAAUUCCUGAGAUCACUGGCUGAGCGUCCCCGAAAAGGCCAACUCCCGACGCCCCUCCGCGCCCCCGCCGCUGCCGCCGCCGCCGCCACGGAAACAGCCUGGGCGCUAAGAAGCAGGGCUGCGCAGGGGUCUGUGGAAGGAAGGACGCGCUCUCUGGGAAACCCGGCCUCCCAGUGCCCUCGGGGUCGCCGCUGCGACCUCCCCACCGCCCCGACUUGCACCCGCCGAGGCCUCGGCUGCCUCACCUCGGACGGGAGCCGGCGGCAGCGUACGGCGUCGCGGGGCUCAGCGCAUCCUGGGGGAGCCGGGAAGCCAGACGUGGAACUGCGGGGCCCCCGCGACGGGUUAUGUAACCGGCAGGGGCCGCAGCCGGGACGGAGAAGGCGGCCCCGCGGCACUUCCGCCUCUCGUGCUCCGCCGGCGGCGCAGCCCGGAAGAUCAUUGGUCGCUGCACCACGUGGCUCCGCCCUCACUGACGCCGACGCCACCAUCUUUGGAGCGGGCCCCGCCUGCUGUCCCAGGCUCCCGGCUUGCCGGCUCCCAAAGCUGCUCGCACCGGCUGCGAAAGCACAGGACAGCCGCUAGCUGCUGAGCCGCCCUUGCUUGAGUGUGCGUACACGGGCAGCGGGCCGGGGUUUCUGCGCCCUUCCGCGAUCAAGCGGGUCAGAGGAGCCAGGAGGCCUACCAGACGCUGAACGGCACGGGGGGCCCCGCCGCUGGCCUGUUCUUCCCUCCAAGAGAGACAGGUCUCCUGUAACCAGGCUGUCAUCAAACUGUGGAACUGAGGAUGACCUUGAACUGCUGGGUUUUCUGCCUCCACCUCAGUUUGUAAUGCUUCGGUUAGAAGAGGGCACGCACAUCACUACACCCAGUAUAUGUGGUGCUAGGGACCAGACCAUGUCAG